AUGGAACAGCACACAGAGGACAUUCACAGCAUGGACGGAUACACAUACACAUACAUAACUAUCGAAUGCUGUAGAUUGUGUGCAAGGUUGCAAAGGAAAAUGAAAGAAGUGGAAGCACAGAAUCAGAGACUCAUUCACGGAAGUGGACAUGUUAUAUUUAGAGACAUCCUGGAUAACUUCACACUUGUAUUUGAAGUUUGCUUACGAAUGAUAGAAUAUUCAAAAAGCAGUAGACCUCAGUCAACUACUUAUGAGUCUCUUGCUGUUGCCCCUGAGAAAAGAGCAAGGAGAAUGAGAGGCCUGAUGAAAAGUAGAUUGACGGAAGUUUUCCAGGAUAAGAGCUCUCAGGCCUGCAGGGCAGCUGCAUCAGAGGCUGUCUCAGGAUUGCAGUUCUGUAGGAGGAAGGGACAGAAGAGGACCAUAUGGAGUGUCAACUGUACAGAGGGAACUAAAGUAUGGAUGUAUAAAAAAAGAAGAUCAAGCUACCGACCUGAAGACCUAGAAGCCUUCUUUCGUCUUUUGGAGGAUCCAGUUAUCCAGAGCUUUUUGGCAUCUGAUAAGUCCCUAAAAGUCUCUGACAAGUACCUCCUUUCCAUGGUGGUGGAGUACUUCGGCAGAGUCGGGCUGCCUGGGCACAUGUACAACAGGAUCCACUUCUUCCUCGCUCUUUACAUCGCAUGUGACAUGGAAGAAUCUGACCCGAUUACGAAGGUGACCAUCAUCCAGUGUUUGCUGGGAAAGGAACACUGGAAAGGCUUGUGCAAAGAAUUUCUUAAGUUGAAGACAGAGUUCUUUAAGGCACUGGAAUACCGAGCUUGGGUCAAGCCUGAUUUGUGUGAGGAGAUCCAGAACCAGAAUCCACAACACUGGGUCUGGAGCCGGGUGCGUGAGGGCACCCACUAG